AUUUUGAAUAUGUAAAAAGAUUAUUACGAGAGUGACAAUAUUCAUGUCAUGCCAGAUGAAUAUAAUGAAAGUAUUACACCUAAAGAGAAAGUCACUCUCAAAGACUAAAUAGAAUUUCUUUAAUAAUAAACAACUCUUCUUCAGUAAUCUAUGGAAUUAGAAUAAGAAUUAUAAGUUGAUAAUCCUAUUGCUUAUUUGAAUGCAAUUGAGAAUAACUUAGAAUCUCUGAAAGUUACUAAUUUAUAAUAGAGAAUUCAAUGUUUGGCAAUAUUAGGGUCUGGAGCUGAAAAAUGUGUCACUUUAAAAUGUGUCUUACCACAAUCUGAUAAUUUAAAGCGAUUUCAAACUUUAGAAAAAUAAGUUCAUCUCCUAGAAACUAUUGUUGGAUAGAAACCCUAUCAAUAUAAUUCAACCAUUAUGCAAGACUUAAUCGAUGUCUAGUAAAUUAUCAACUCUAUCCAAGGAGGAGAAAAUAAAGAUAUUAAAUUAGGAUUUACAUAAAAUCUACCUUAAAUUGAUAAAAUUAAUGAAAUCUUUAGGUAAGUCUAAUUACUUAUUGGAAUUGCUGAUUUAUUACCUAAUAUUCUAAAGAGAUUAGAACAAUUAAAAAAUGCUCAUGAUCAAAGUAUUCAAUAUUAAAAUUAACUUAAAGUACAUCUAUUUUAUCACAUUUUUAGGAAUUAUAAAUUAAACAUACCAAAGUUCUGGAUUUGAUAUCUUCUAAUAGAGCAAGAAUUAAAAUUUUAUGUGCUAAACUUGCUCAAAAAUGA